UUAAGUGACAGCAGGGGGUAUGAUUAAUAUGGAUUAUAUUUUAUUCUCAAGAAUCUAGUGUUAUCAAAUCGCGCCAUAUUGGAGGACAGACUUCCUUGGUCGAUAAAACAGAUAACUGACUGGCAUUCAUACUCGGGUAAAGUCACAUACAUUACACAAUUGAUAACCUACAAUUUCUGGUGGAACAAUCUCACCAGUCCUACAGUAUUCAUUAAUUGAUGGCAUGGAUCUACCGAUGCUGAAAAGACGUGCUAACCUACCAAAAAUAUUUUGGUAUCAAGAUGAUUGCAAAGUGGUGAUAAGAAUUAUGUUAGUUGAUAUAAAAGAAUACUUUGUGGAAGUUGAUCUUGAUCACGUUCGGUUCAGUACUGUACAUGAUGAGAGAGUGCAUUACUUGAGUUUGUAUUUUUUUGGAGCGAUUGAGCCUGAAAAAACUGUGAAUGAAAAUACAGGGAGAGAAAUAAGAAUUCAGUUUGUUAAAGCACACAAAUUUUUCAAAUGGUUGAGACUCGAGGACACAGCACAAAGAAUCCCUCAAAUUAUUCCUGAUCCUGAUAGAAUUGCAGAGGAAUCAUUCAACCUUAUAUCCACAGUUGCAACUUGGCACAAUUUUGAGGUUUAUAAGAUUGAGAACAGAUUGAACAUCUAUCCUGACGUGCCUAUAUCGGAUUCCGAUGAAUCUGAUGACGAGAGAUAUCACUUAGCAGCGGAUUACUAAUGUAUAUCUAGGAACUCUGACGUAGACAAUUUUUCGAUAAAUUGUCGUUGCUACUCGAGAAUUUGGAUGGUUCAAGCUUCAAACGUAGAUAAAUCGACAUGGUAAUAACAGCCGCGUAUCAGCAUCAAAAAUUCACAACACUUGAGCUUUUCUGUUAUGACAGUAUUGAAAUAAUCUCAAAAAUGAAAGGAAAAUCAGACCAUUUAUAAUAAGUGAUUUAUAACAUUUUCUAAUAACUACCACCCUGGUGAUUUGGGGGCUACGGAAUAGCGUAGAUGAGUGUAGAUGUACAUUUUUGGGCCUAAAAAUCAUGAAAAUGACCGAAAUAAAGUUGAGUAUUGAUUGAGAA